UCGUGUGCUGAAUCUCCGACCAGUUUGUUGUGCUGUCUCCGCCUACACGGUGUCUUCUUUCGUCAUAAAGCAAACGAAAUACGGAGGAAAAUAAAAAAGUGUUAAAGAUAUAAACCACAAAAGUGAAGCAAAGUAAAGUGAGAAAAAAAACAAUGCGAUAUUUGGCAUUGAGUGCCCUAAUUGUGGCCAUAGUCAUUGCUGGCCAAUGCUCAACAACAGAUGCCUACAAGAGUGAGAUUGAGAUUACUCCCGAUCCAUUGGAUGCAGUAGAAGUGACGACAAAAAAGUCCAGUUGGUUUGGUGGCUUUAAAAAGUUAUUUGGCAGUGGAAGCGAUGCCACAACAACUACAACAACAACCACAACAACAACCACAACAACAGCUCGUCCAAGGGCUGUGACACCAACAGCAGCACAGAAACCACCGCCAUUGGUGAUCAAUCAUGCACCAUUGAUGCCAUUGGGUCCACGUCCCGAUACGCCUAGUUCAUCGCCCUUUGGCAAUGUGGGACCGCAAUGGCCAGCCACAUCGACACAAUCAACAAAUGGCCACAAUCUGCCGACACAGCCGACACAGAAUGGACGCAAUCCCGCUGCUGCUGCUGCUGGUGUUGGACCAGGUGCACCGAAUUUGCCACCUGGCUUUGCUCCCUAUCGUCCGCAGAAACCUCAGCCGAGUGGCUUUGAUCUUAGCUAUUCGGGAGGUGGCACAAAGCCGGGUCAGGGUCAGGAAGGGCGUCCCUCAUUUGGUUUGGCCGCCAUGACUAGCUCCACUACCAGUACAACGACCACCACCACCACGCAACGUCCAAAGAGUCCUCAGCCUGGAGGUAUUGACCUGCGUAUGGGUGGUGACUCUAUCGCAAAGCCCCAACAGAAGGAAGAGUUUCCCUCAUUGCCGGGACCACGUCGUCCAUCGGUAAAGGAUGAUUAUCCACCAUUGCCCACUCCCAAAUCACCAACGCCCAGUACACCGACCUCAGGUACAUCACCAUCGGCUUGGCAAUCGCCCCUGCCGACACCAGCACGUCCUGCGUCGCCAGUCCAUCCGGCGGCUCCAGUGCAUCCUGCAGUACCUGCGACCAAGCCAAGCACUCCGACUCCCGGUCAUAACGGAGUCUCGUUUGUCCCACAUGUGGGCGGAAGCACAACGACUACUGUGCGACCCGGUUUCCAAUCCACUGGCAAUUCCGUGGCCACCGAUGAUGAGAUACGUCAACUCACCGAACAGCUGUAUACCAAAGAGAGCAACAGCCAAUUGAAUCUGAUCUCGGUGAAUCUGCAAGGUCGUACCAGAUCGAUUGAUAGUGCCGAUGAGGCACCACAACCACUACUUCGUGUGGAUGCCAAGGCUCUGGAACCUGCGACCAUUGCCAAAAUGCGCUUACUUUUCAAUAACUAUGAACAGGACACGUUGGUCAAUGAGCAUGUGACGGCCAAUGAGCGUAAGGAGGAGAAUGAUUUCUUGGAUGCCAUUAUGGCCACAUCAGUGAUGCGACAGGCUAUGCUAUUUCUACAGCAAAAGGGAAUCCUCACUCCGGAUCCCAAGACGCAUCGCGAUUUGGUCAAAGAGCUUUGGUUCACACAAUAUUCGCGUGGCCAGGGCAAGAUCGGUAGCUCCGGAUUCGAGCAUGUGUUUGUGCAUGAGGUGAAAAAUGGUACCAUCAUUGGCUUCCACAAUUGGGUCUAUGUGAGUGAGGAGGAGCAGGCGGGCCGUUUCGAUUACAAGGGUUACAUGAAGGAGCAGGAUAUUGGAACGAAAGGCAAAGUCCUGAAGAUCCGUUUUGCCCAUCAGGGUUUGAACAAACCGGUCGAUACCAUGUUUGUGGGCACUUCUCCCGAACUGGAGCUGGCUCUCUAUACGGUCUGCUUCCAAUUGCGUCCGGAUCGCACUUGUCCGGUCUCGCUGGGCAAUAGCAAAUUUGGCAUUGUCACCUAUUCGUGGCGCUAUCGUGGCAAGAAUCUGAUUGGCAGUGCUUAUCCUGAGAUUUGAGCAUAUUCAGCAAUCUAAUUAGUUUUCUCUAUAAGCUUAAUGUGCAUAUAUCAAUUCUUUUUUUUUUCUCUCGACACUAAUAAAAUAAUGUAUAUGU